CUUCAGAGUCUAGAAUACCGCUGCAGAGCCCACGGGCUUUACAGAGAAGGCGUAGCAACGCAUGGAGGCAGGCGGAGUACGCGGACCGCGCCCUACGGACAAAAACAGACACAAACACAAAACUUUUUCGAGAACCACCAUCACCCUCCGCGACGACAAUCCUGUCCUCCGUCAUUCCCUUUCUUUUCUCAUUCAUCCAAAGGAUGACAUCUACCCCAUCGGUGACAGAGAAGAAAAUCAAACUAGGCGGCUACCAGUUCUACCAACAAGUCCUAGGCAGUCCAAAGAAUAUCGUCGCACCCAUGGUUGAUCAGAGCGAACUGGUAGGCAUGGAGAAGAUUGAGUAGACGAUACGGUGCCCAGUUGGUUUAUACACCGAUGAUUAACGCAAAGAUGUGGACGGAACCAAAACAUCAAGCUUAUCGGACCGCUUCUUUCGAUAUCGCCUCUAACGAAGAAGGAAACCCCGAAACCGACCGACCCUUGAUCGUUCAGUUCUGCGGGAACGAUCCAGAGAAACUAUUAAAGGCGGCGAAGGAUCUGGAAGGGUACUGCGAUGCUGUAGACAUCAACCUAGGAUGUCCGCAGGAUAUUGCGAAGAAAGGGAAAUAUGGAGCGUUUUUGAUGGAUGAUUGGGAUCUGAUUUAUCGAAUAAUCAACAACCUACAUGAACAUCUGUCGAUACCCGUAACGGCGAAAUUCAGAGUAUUUCCCACCGUUGAGAAAACGGUCGAGUACGCCAAGAUGCUCGAGCGUGCAGGAGCGCAGAUUUUGACUUGUCAUGGUCGGUUGAGGGAACAGAGAGGGCAGAAUGCUGGCCUGGCUGACUGGAACAAGAUUCGCGCGGUCAAAGAAGCUGUUUCUGUCCCUGUUUUUGCCAACGGCAACAUCCUUUUUCAAUCCGACAUUCGGAGGUGUCUCGAGGAGACGGGUUGUGAUGGUGUUAUGAGCGCUGAGGGACAGCUGUAUAAUGUUGCGCUGUUCAAUGGUUUGACAACGCCAACAGCAUCCUCGUCGUGCUCGUCCCAAUCAACCUCAACCUUAACGCCGAUCACACCCAUUACAUCCCUCACACAUCCCACACAUGCCGAUCUCGCGUUGGAAUACCUCGAUAUUGUUCACUCACUACGCACCAGAACGGCGAUCAGCGCCAUAAAAGGACAUCUUUUCAAGAUCAUGCGGCCGGCGUUGAGCAAGGAGAUCGACCUUCGGGAACGCUUAGGCCGAGUGAAGGUCGAUCAGAAAGCUUGGGAACGACGGGAGGGUGGAAGUCAUGAUGAUGAAAAAGAAAAAUCUCCUCUUUGGGAAUAUGUUGAGAUUUGUAGGGAGAUGAAGGUUCGGAUGGAUACGGCGCGAGAGGUUGGGUGUUCGUCUGGAGAGAGCGUGGAGGAACUGGUGGAAGUGGACGAGAGGACUGGGUUGAGGGUGUUGCCAUAUUGGUUGGCGCAGCCUUAUGUUAGAGGUGUUGGAAAUGGAAAACCGAAACAGGCAACCCCGCAACAGACGGAGCUCGAGACAGCUGUCGUUCCUGCGAAGAGGGGUGUUGAGGAAGACCUUGUCAAGAGAGUAAAACUGCGUGCCGUUUAGCGAGGUUACUACAUUCGACCACGGAUCCAUGGAAAACUCGUCAGCAAUGCCCUCGGAAUCGUUCAAACUGCCAUCGAUCAUCCGUAGACCCAGUUCGCCGUGUCUGGCCUUCUCUAUGCACUAUGGCAUGGUAACCUUCUUAAAGCUUCGCCUUCCUAGAGCCGCCAGAGUUGUUCUUUCCUUUCCCCCCCACCAUCGCUUCCAUUGACCUCGAAUAUGAUUCCUAAGCUAGCGUCAUUUCACCCGCUGGGAUGUCAGCAACUUUACUCUUUACCUCGGACCCAAAAGCCAUCACUGUUACUGUAGGAAUGAAGGGUCAUAUUCAAGUUCGAGUGUUGAACGUUUUUUUUUUGUCUUUUACAUCCAUGGUCUCCGCGAUCGUACCACGUUUCAAUAUUCAAUACGGGCACAGGGUAGGUUCGGGAUUUGUUUCCUUGCAGGAGACGGUGGUGGCUCGUCACAAGCUGAUGAACAAUAUGAUAGUAAUGAAAUAUUCUAGUAAACCCGCCUACGCCGGAGGGUGACCUCAGCCGCGAAAACAUUCCCUAGAAUUGUAAUGAUUGCAAAUCAUUACACAGUCACUACCGUCUCUCCCCUUUGGCACAGUCACCGACCCUCCGAAGAGGUGCCGGAUCGUAAAUGGGCGGUAACUAUUGCUAUUUUUGGUCG